UAACCGCACGGAAAACGCAACGAAAUCGAAAGUGUGUGCAUAGCGCGCGACUUGAAUCGCCAAGUGCUUCGUUCGGGGCGGGGGCAAUAUACCAAACCAUACCCAUCCGUCAACAUUACGUGUCAUCAUGCCGCCGGCUGGCCAACAACUCCGGCUUGCAGCCCUUGUUUACCUGACUCUAGCUCUGGGACUCUUAUGCAAUGCCAGCGAUGUUGAAACUGGGCAAAGAUACGCCAAUGAAUCACUCGCGGAGGCAGAGGCUCCCGGCUGGUCGCAGUUUCUCGAAGAUUACGUCUUGAGCCAAGGUAGCAGUAGCAGUGGCCAGCGAAAGUCCAAAGACCUGCCCUAUAUGGGUGGGGAUAUGGGCAUGAAUGGUCCGCUCAACUAUCACUCAUCCGCCUACAAGCGACCCGGCAACAACAUCUACAUAACCAGGAGGAUUGGCGAGGCGGUGGAGCUGGAGCCCCAUCUGCGAAAGCCCGUGGAGAGCCAGAGUCCCAUUGUGAGCCCCCAAUUUCGACCUAUGACCAAUCAGAUGUUGCACCAGCAACAUCAGCAGAUGCAGCAGCAACAACAGCAGCAGCAGCAACAACAGCAGUUGCAGCAACGCCAGCAACCUGGUUUCUUGCAGCAACUUUUUGGCAUAGGUGGCAGUACCGGAGGCGGUGGAGGUAAUCCUCCCCAGCAGCAUGUGCGACCUGUGCCGCUGCAGCAGCAGCAGGCUCCGCAGCAACACCUGCAGCAACAUCCUAUAGGCGGUGGAGGUGGCCAGCCAACCACAUUCCGAGCUGUUUCCGAGAACGAUCUUUAUCUGCUGGGAGCCAUUGAGAAGUUGGUAUAUCGAGUGGAUUAUCUAGAAAGUCGUGUGCGGCGCUCAGAGCAGUUGAUCUACUACCUCAUGGCCGGCAACAAUCAGAAGGAGGUGAAGGAUCCCUGUCCCACGAACUUCACCCGCAUCAGCGACAACUGCUACUACAUCAACAGCCAGCAGCAGGUGAACUGGAAGACGGCCAACUCCGCUUGCAAGGGUCUCAACUCGCACCUGGCCGAGUUCGAAAAGGUCUCGGAGAACGAGGAGAUCAUGGCCUAUCUGUUAAACCAACCCGCCCACAGGGGUCGCGAUUACUGGCUGGGCGGUCUGAACCCGGGACUCCUCUGGAUCUGGUCCAACUCGGCCAAGCCAGUGAAUCCCAACAUGAAUCUAACAUCGAUUGCCAUGACCCAGAAGGGUGAGAACUCCACGGCCGCCAAUCUGGUAGACAGUUCGGAGAAGGCGGCGGAGGAGGUGGCCGGCGAGGAUGUGCUGAACAACACGGUUCAGAUCGAGGGCAAGGGUCGCUGUCUGCGGCUGAGCUACAAUGCCGGGAAGCAUAGCUAUGUGUACUACGGACAGGAGUGCACCUCGCGACACUACUACAUCUGCGAGCACGAGGACAAGACGCUAGACAACAAGAUCAAGAAGAUCGCCCGUGAGCUAAGGCUUUUCGAGUGAGGAUGGGAUCCAAUCCAAUCCGAUCCUCAUGUGAUACUCGCAGU